AUGAUAGAACCAAAGGAAAAUACGCAACUCGAUGAAAAGAAGGACAUGACGGCAACUACGUAUCUAUUUCAAGCACUACCGGAAGAUAUGAUAAUACAAGUUGCAAGUUGCAAGAGUGCAAAAGAAAUUUGGGAUGCAUUAAAGACAAGGCACGUCGGUGCAGAUCGAGUGCAAAAGUCACGUCUUCAAACACUCAAAACAGAGUUUGAGAUCUUGAAAAUGAAGGAAGAUGACACUAUCGAUUCGUUCACUGCAAGGCUUAAUGGUAUUCUCACUAGGGCAAGUACUCUUGGUUCUACCUUUGAUCAACCAACUUUAGUACGGAAACUUCUAAGUUCUGUACCAAGAAGGUUUGUUCAUAUCAUUGCAACCAUUGAACAAUUCGCUGAUUUAGAAACAACAACCCUAGAUGAAACAAUCGGAAGAUUGAAAGCCUAUGAAGAAAGGACCAAUCUGGUGGAUGAAAACCUGGUAGACAAUCAAGAGAAACUUAUGUUUACACGACGCGACAAGAACUAUAGUCGUGGAAGGCAUUUUGGAAACCAUGGACAAGGAAGGUUCAAUUCAUCACAAGAUUGUCCUGAAUCAAACCAAAGAGGAAAGGAAUUAAAUCUUGUGCAAGAAGACAAUGAACCAACUCUCCUAACGGCAAGCAAAGGAGACUGCAAGGAUCUACUACAACAAGCUCGUAAUAAAGAUGGAGAAGCACAUGAUGGCAAUCAAGUCACAGAAAAGGAUCAUGGUGCAAAUAAAGAAGAUCAAGUAGAGGAUGAAGACUUCAUUCUCUUGAAGAAUGAAGAUGCUAAAGCAUGA